UAUCUGCUUGGUGAAAAGGGUACAGUCUUACUAACAUAUCCAAUUCUUUCUGCUAGUAUAGGUCACCUACAGUCCAGCAGUCCAAGAUACAAAUUUAACUUCAUAGCAGAUGUGGUGGAAAAGAUUGCACCUGCAGUUGUGCACAUUGAACUUUUUCUCAGGCACCCUCUGUUUGGUCGAAAUGUCCCACUUUCCAGUGGAUCUGGGUUUAUUAUGUCUGAUACUGGUUUAAUUGUGACCAAUGCACACGUGGUGUCAAGUACCAAUGCUAUAUCAGGGAGACAGCAGUUGAAAGUACAGCUACAGAAUGGAGAUACAUAUGAAGCAACCAUCAGAGACAUUGACAAGAAAUCUGACAUUGCGACAAUAAAGAUCCACCCUAAGAAAAAAUUACCCGUAUUGUUACUGGGGCACUCUGCUGAUCUAAGACCAGGAGAAUUUGUGGUGGCAAUUGGAAGCCCAUUUGCCCUUCAGAACACUGUGACAACAGGUAUUGUCAGCACUGCUCAGCGAGAUGGCAAAGAACUUGGCUUGCGGGACUCAGAUAUGGAUUACAUUCAGACAGAUGCUAUUAUCAAUUAUGGCAACUCUGGAGGACCUCUAGUUAAUCUGGAUGGUGAAGUGAUUGGAAUUAACACCUUGAAGGUUACAGCUGGAAUUUCCUUUGCUAUUCCAUCGGACCGCAUUACUCAGUUCCUCACAGAGUCACUUGACAAACAAAAUAAAGAUAGCAAAAAGCGUUUCAUUGGCAUCCGAAUGCUGACAAUCACACCUGCCUUGGUGGAAGAAUUGAAACACAAUAAUGCUGAUUUUCCUGAUGUCAGAAGUGGAAUUUACGUGCAUGAAGUUGUUCCAAAUUCACCUUCUCAUAGAGGAGGUAUCCAAGAUGGAGAUAUCAUUGUUAAAGUCAAUGGGCGUCCUUUGAUGACUUCCAGUGACCUUCAAGAGGCUGUGAUGAAUGAAUCACCUCUACUACUUGAAGUUCGAAGAGGAAAUGAUGACUUACUAUUUAACAUUGAGCCUGAAAUUGUCAUGUAAAUAGAACUGAGGAAACUCCCACCGUAAUUAAACACACUUACUCUGGAACACUAGAUACCUCCUUUACAGCUACAGUAAUUAUACUUUGUUUUGACUAAUGACAAGGUGGACUAACUUAAUUGCCUGAGCCAUUUCUGUACAUAGUAGCUAGAAUGAAUUCAGUUAUGCCAUGUAUUGCAGAAUUAACUUUCAAAGCAAAUUAAGACUGGUGUUCUGGGGAGGAGGAAGAAAGCAAGGUUUGGGAAGCUGAAAGAAAUGGGUUCCACUUCCAGUUUAAGGAGACUUUAGAGCAGGCUUAGUUCUUCAUUUAGAAAGACCAAAAUACAACUGGAAUUGAGGAAAUAUCCUGCCAGAAGAAAAUAUUCAUAAAUUAGUCAUGCAGAUACAUGCUAUCGCAAUUGAGCUUUUAUAUAUAUAUAUAUAUAUAUAUAUAUAUAACUUUUUUCAAUGUGAAACUAAUAUUGGUGAAGCUUGUGUGUGUUCUUAGUGCUUGUAUGCUACAUACCAAUGCAGGCAGACUAAAUCUGUAAAUAUCGGAAGGAACAAAAAUGGUAUCAGGCUAUAGAGUGUUACACCUAGGUCAUGCAAUUUUGGAAUAUAGUAAAUGAUUCUUAUAGAAUUAAUGCCUUAUUAUAUAUAAAUCAAAACAAUGUGCUGAACAAAAUUAAGUUUGAGAAAGUGCACAGUUUGUUUUUUGAUACAAAUUAGUUUUGCAUUUUACUGGUAAGCUUUGCUGUAAAAUUGUUACACUACUUUUGGCUUGUACUGUAUAAGUUUCUACUGUAAGGAGAUUAAAGUUUACACAAAUAAAA